AUGUCACGAACCGAUGGCGUCUUCCAAGGGCUGGCCGAUCAGCGACAGCCGAUGCCCUGGAUUGAGGCCUUCAGACGUCAACAGGAGGGAAAGCCUGCUCAUGAUUCCGGCGAUACGCCCAAGGAGAGGGACUUGACACCCAGAAAGAUGAGCGAUAGCUACCAUCGUGUUGUGCUGCCUCUCAAGAAGGAUCCUUGGUUGUCGGAUACAUACGUCAAUUCGUCUGGGCACAUCAGACUUGGAACGCUGUUCAUGGAUCUUGAUGCUCUUUCUGGAAUUAUCGUCUACAAGCACACCGGCCCAGGCGUCACGACCGUCACUGCUGCUCUGGACAGAAUCACGAUAGCCCACCCCCUCACCGAGAUUUGCGAUCUUGAGUACAGCGGUCAAGUCACGUACGCUUCCGGCCGAAGCAGUGUCGAAAUUACAUGCAAAGUCGCCAAAGCUAGAGAAGAAGGGGAGCCCAGCAAGCCGGAAGAUGUCCUUCUCACCUGCACAUUCACCAUGGUCGCUCUAGAUCCCAACACCCGCAAACCCGUCAACAUCCCCAAGCUCGUACCCACAAACGCGGAGGAAGAGAAGAUCUUCAAAGCCGGAGAAGCCAAAUCACUGUCCAAGAAGGAGACUUCAAAGGCAUCACUUCUACAAACAGAGCCAAAUGAUGCUGAGUCAGCCCUGAUCCAUCAGAUCUGGCUACGACAGCUUGCUUACCACGAUCCCAACAACGAUCUUCGCCAACCAUCCAACGUUGUGGCUAUGUCCAAGACGCAGCUUUCUACUGCUGCUAUCAUGCAGCCGCAGUUCCGCAACCGCCAUCAGACGAUGAUCUUUGGUGGUUUCCAUUUGAAGCAGACCUUUGAGCUUGCGUUUUGUUGUGCGGCUAGUUUCGCUCAUGCUCGUCCGACUUUCAUCAGCGCCGAUCCUUGCACCUUUCGCAAUCCCGUUCCCGUCGGAAGUGUGCUCUAUCUCACCGCCACUGUUGCGUACACUGAUCCUCCACUGUUAGAAGAGGACGGUAGAGAGCCUGGUUUCCCUGAUAACGAGAAUCCUAUGACUCGUGUUCAUAUUCGAGUUGAUAGCAAGGUUCGUGAUGUUGAGCACGGAGUCGCCAAGCCCACUGGUCAGUUCAACUAUACUUUCUCUGUGCCUAAGGACCUGAAGGUUCUUCCGCAUACGUAUGAGGAGUAUAUGGUUUAUGUUGAUGCUAGGAGACGUGUUUCGUUGGGAGAUAGUCAGAGGGAAGAGGAGCAGAAGGCGUUCUCGGAGAAGCGGCCUGAGGCUUCUGAGAAGAAUUUGAUAGGAUAG